CCUCAACCGUCACGACGGCGCCCACUUGCGGCGUUGGCGACUUGGUCCCUCGAGGUCCUUCUACCCCGACGUCGCUCACCAUCUGCUCCAGUAUACUGCCUCGAAGCGCUUGGCGCAGUAGCUCGACCGUCCGAGUCUCGUCAACUCGACUUUCGCCUCUCGCCGUCACACGUUCUGCCGACGCCGUCCUCCUCGCCGGCCCCGACUAUGCGCCUCGUCGAGCACCUCCAGUAACGGCGCAAAAGAGUGCGCGCAGUGUAGCGCUUCGCGCCCGCACCGCAGGCGGCCUCCUUCGCCCCAACUUUCUUCCUUCUUGCCUCUCGACAACCCCGACUUUCCCUCGGGUUGCCUCUGACCUUGCUCUCCCCCUCUCAGUCUUCUUCGACGUCCUCGAUGGUGCGAGUGGCCUGAACGCGAUCGAGCCAGCAAAAGACGCACCUACAACCUCGCCGGAUCGCCCCUCUCGACGAUCCCGAUGCUCUCGACCCAUCUCCGCCUCAUCAUCCGCCUUCCUCCCUCGACCUCCUUCUCCUCGUCGACCUUCUCGCCGACCUUGGCCAAACCUCGACCUCGACUCGCUUAAAUGCGUCAACGUAACCUCCUUCUU